AUGGCCGAAGUAGCUGGUCUGGCUUUAGCCAUAUUCCCGCUCCUAGUAAAGGAGAUCUCUGGUUACGCCAAUGCGACUCACAUGUUCCAGGAUGUACUGCGGUGGCGGCGGGGCAUGAAUAGCCUUCUCAGGGAGCUGAAGGCCGAGAACGUUUUGUUUCAGAACACUUGCGCAAGCAUGCUGAAUGGAACAUUCGAGGCUGAACAGGCGGUGGAGCUACUGCGAGGUGUGGGCUGGGAUGACAGUUUUAAAACACAUCUUCAUGACUGCUGGGGCGAAAAAAAUGCAUCGGUUUUCAUUGACGGCAUGGAAGCAAUGGGCGUUAUUCUCCGGGAGUUUGAGCAGGAUCUCGGAAUCCUUGACGGCGUUUUACCAGUCGACAAAGACAAGUACUCUAGAAAGAUGAAAUGGAGCCAGAUAGAAGCUGUACUACGACGGGACGAUCGCCUUGCAGGGAUCAAAUCAACCAACGGCCAGCUUGAACGUGUUGCGAUGCAGCUUCCUGCAAGUAUUCGAAAAUUUUCAAAACUUUCGACAGCGACGACAGAGGACAUCCAAGCACGCGAGCUUGCGAUCAACCUCCACGCAGUAUUUAAACAAAAACUUCAAGAUACCAGCUCGUAUCCUUGCAACGCCCCUCACAAUGCAACUCUUCGGCUUCCAAGGGUCCGCGGACUGGCAAAGGAGAAAGGACUGAUGCCUAUCAGAUUCGAAGUACUCUUCCUCUUCAACGUCAAAUCGUCUGAUGCCAGCACUAGCUGGCGAGGAUUAGAUUUUGAGCCACUUGAAACAUCAGAUUCGGAAUCAAUGGCGCUCCAAGCCUCCUCCAAUGCCGUAGGACUCUACCCAACGGAAAAUUCAACACCCGAGAAGCCCCGGGGGACAGGUCGGAGGCUGAUCAGUAGUAUGGCAACAAUUUUAUGUGCGCGAACCAGCGCCAGCCAGACCAAGGUGCCCGGUAUAGCUCUCUCUCCUUCACUGACCGCCACCUCGAGAAGCGGAAAACACCGUAACAGUGUCCGAUACAACAUCCCCGACGAAGCGAAGUCCAUCACAGCCACCAUCAAACCAACGAUACCGUCUGGUGGAAAGGAAAAGGCAAUCGAAAAUCUGUGUUCGGUGAUCCAGCAAGCGGUGCACCAAAGCUUCAAUGGGAGUUCUGCGUCGGCGAUAUCUUUGGGUGCACUUCUGGGAGAGAGAAACGUCGCCUGGAAUUGCUUACGGCCACGCACCGUGAUCGCAUUCCCCUUCGAAAAGAUACGAGCGAUACCACUUGAUGCUGUUCUCAAGACGGGUGGACUGCACCCGGUCGAGGCGCUAAAAUUGGGUGUCCAGAUUGCGCUCGCUCUCAUGCAACUUCAUACUACACAGUGGUUAGGCAACACUUGGGGCAAAAAGGACAUUUUCAUUCUUCACCGAGAGGUCGAGCGCGAGCAGGUUGUUUCAGGUACCCGCACCAUCGUCUGA